AUGGAGGAUGGCAACAGCGAACCCACUCACGUACUUCUUAAGCAACUCAUCGACGAACAUGACAGGGAAUCUCAAAAUGUAAAUAUAAAUGAUGCGCUCUCACAUUAUCCACGAAUCAUCAAGGUACACAAGCUCCUGCUAUCUGCAUGCAUUGACACGCUUCCAAACGAAUUGGACAUUAAUUACACCGCAGAUCAUCCCGUAUUUCGCGUCCUCAAUCUUCUUCAUUCUGAUCUUUCUCGUACUCCCUCCGUCUUGACAUUCCAAUUUGCAUUGGAUUCCGGCCGCGAAGUGAGCUUUGCUGAGUUCUUAAUUAUAAGACUUCUAGCUGCUGCUACUAGACUUGGAAGUGUAGAAAUUGUCGAUCCCGUCAAAUCUACUGCCAGAUUCGUCCUAAGGGGAAAGAUUAUUCAGGUACUGGGCCUGGUGAUGAGGUAUCUUGCCAGCAAAGGUUCCAGCGAGCAAGAAGAUCCUUUUGAUCGCCUGGAAUUCAUUCAUGCUUCAAUAAAGCGCCUUUUAAGCAUCGUCAGCAGUCUCAAUAAAGUCGCUUUCCCUGUCGCUAUUGAUGUUUACGAUUCUCUUAAACCUGCAGUUGUUGCUGCUCACGAUGGUUCUCUACAGUCUGAAGGUGCUAUUAUAUUGUCUUCUCCCCUCUCAUACCUAUCUUUCGUAGACACCGUCAAUGACAUACUCACUCGCACUUUCUCUCAACCGCAAUCGUCAUUCUUGUUCAUAGAUCUCAUACCCAAGUUCAUCACGCAUUUGAAACUCUUCUGCUCCCAUACUAUCUCAACUAUAGAACCUACUGCUGAAAAAGUAGCAUUUCAAUCCAACUUUAUCAACAUAUGUCGCAAUAUGCUCUCGAAAGCCUCCGAACAAUCCCUAUACUGCAUAAUUUUAGUAUUCUCCAAUAUAAUCGACAACAGUGAAGACAGCGACGGGUACCUGCAACGUUAUAUACCAACCUUCAAUGCUCUUUACAGUACAUUCAACAAGAUGUCCAACUCGGGCUAUCUCUUCGGUCCGUCGUCGUGGAAUGUUGCAAUACGCAUUAUACAAAACGUGGUUACUCUUUCUAUCAGAUAUGCAUAUGAGGAUGUAGGUCAUGAUGUGUUCGAUGCCUUUUUGGUUCUCCUCUUCAACUCAAUACCCGUCUCAGAAAUUUCUUCCGUGGUGUCGGUGGAUGCACUGAGCGAGCUAUACACUGUAUUAGGAGAUAAGAGAGCUUCUUCAACGACCACAUCCGCACGUUCAAAGUUACUUCAAAAGCUGCGCGCUAUUACUGCCACUCGUAAACGUAAAAGAGAUGCUUCCAACACUCUGCGACCGACACAAAGCGUUUCAAACCUCACACGCACCACCAGCAUAAGACAUGAUGUAGAUUCGCAGGGUGGUCACGAUGCUCUAGUGUACGUACUCACCCAGUGGUGGGGUAUGUCUCACAGCGAUGCUCAUGAUCUUGCAUCUAUGGAUAUACAGGAUGUGCUCUGGGCCAAAAUAGCAGCUCAAUCUGCGUCUAAGAAUGUCUCACACGACGGUCUGGCUCAGGGUAUCGGUCUCCUUCCACCUGCUAUAGCCGGCACGCUGAUGGUACAGAAAGAAUAUCCUGAAAAACCUCCUCAAUGCUCUUUUAGCGAUGCUGCUUAUCCCGAUUUACUCUCUACUUCGGCCGUCUCGCACGUUGCUACUAUCGACUUAGCACUGGAAGCGCUCCAAGUCGUCAAUCUUAAUGAAAAGACUCAGUUUUUGUUGCUGGUGUCUCUGCGUCGUAUUCUUAUUCAUUCUGGUAUUCAAGCUGCGAAUGAAAAUUGGAGGUAUGGCGAAAUUUCUGGGUUUGUUUUGCGUUCUUUGGGUAGCGGGUCGCGCAAGAUUCGUCUCGCUGCUGGUAGAGCUGCGCAUGCUGUCAUUAUAGCUCAGGAGGCUGCUCUGAGUAAAGGUUUAAAUGAGGUGGAAGACUUUAAUCAGGAUGUUUUGUUUGAUCGCUUUGAUGAUUUGCUUCAGAGCAGGAACGCCCAGCUUGCAGAAACGAUUUUGGUAUCGGUGACGCUUAUUGGUCGCUCCAUACCUAUUGCCAGACUGUAUCGAUGCCUCAUAUGUCUGUUCCGGAUGCUAGGUAACACCAAUCCCUUACUGCGCAGUCUGGCAUAUAUCCAGCUUAAUACACUGGCUGAACACAAUGCCACUACUAUGUACAAGGUCUGCAGCUCGCACCUGCCAAGACUGUCAGUGUUCCUUGUAUUGAACAUGCUAUCGUCACCACACAUGCUCACAGACUCAAUGUCAGUCCUCGGAUUCCCAGAUCGCAAGGCAUUCCUACACCAGACGCUGCGAUACACACUCCCGUCGCUCAUUGCAGAGAGCAAGCGGGAUAUACUGUCGAGUAUUGCCCGUACACUAGGCCAGCCUGUUCAACCGUUGUGUCUGGAGUAUGUCGAGCACAUCCUUGCACAUCUCUACCUCCGCGAGGGCUCUAAACGCGACGAAGGCAUUCAGCUCUUUCUCGAUGAGUUUCAGGGGUCUAAAAAGCAGAUUAAUCUGUCCAGCGUUAUUAUCAGCUGCGGACCAUCACUGCUCGCUUCGCUUGUAAUGGCUCUCGGCGACACUAACGAGACGGUGGCUAAGACGGCAAUGGUUUCUAUCGAUAGUAUCGAAGACACCAUCGCUGAAGCUGAAAACAGGAAGUCAAGAGGCAAGAAGCAGAAAUAUAGUGCAAACGAGAGCUUCCUCCGCAAUCACAUUUUGGGAAUCAUGUCUAUAAUUUCUGAUAACCUCAAUGACGUGCAGGGGAGACGAUCUGUGGAUGAGAAGAGUAGGAUUAUCAGGAGUCUCGGUGUGCUUAUCAAGAAAAUCGGUCCGGGUAUCGUGUCCGUUUCUCCACAGGUCAUGGCACUCCUGCAGGCUUUCGUAGAGGUCGAUAAUCUUCGUUCUGUCACUCUGGAUAGCAUCAAAUCGUUUAUUACCACACUCACAUACAAGGAUCUUAGCCCUUACAUCGGCAGGACAGUCGCGAGUUUCGUUGGUAACUGGUCCGCAUACACUGCGUCUCAGAUGGAGAAAGCGAGGAGUAUUCUCAAUUACAUUCUCGAUAACGCACACGAGAUGCCCGAUCAAGCUGCAGAAAUGCUCGACAUGAAACAUAUACCUGAGUUGACUGAGCAGCAAAAGAAACUGACGCAGAUAAGAAGUGGAUGGAAUUUCAAGCAUGUUUUGGAAAAUAUCUUACAGAGAGCUUCAAGGGAGAAUUCCAGAGUAAGGUUACACAGUCUGAUAGAGCUCAGAGAGUUUAUUAGCAAUAAUCGCUCUAUAUUCAAGAGUCUGACUACGGGUGACGUGUUUGAUCCUAUCGUUGGCACUCUGAUAAAAUUCACUCUGUCUGCUGCAGAUCGUAGUGGUGACCUGCAGCAGCCAAUACAAAACGCUGCUUUCGACUGUGUUGGUACACUGGGCGCUGUCGAUCCUGAUAGAAUUGAGCUCAUGUCUGAGGAGAAGACAAUGAUUAUCGAUAGUAAUUUUGAAGACUACGAUGAGAAUGUCAGGUUUGUAAUGUCGCUCAUGACCAACGAGUUAGUCGGCGCGUAUAGAUCCACAAGUGACAGCAGAGCGCAACAGGAUCUCGCUUAUGCGAUACAAGAACUGCUGAAGUUUUGUGGUUUCAGACCUGAGUUAUUACAGCGGGAGGAUAACUCCCUGCCCCUGAAAGUCAAGCAGCGGUGGGAGUUGUUCCCGCGACAGGUACUCGAAACACUCUCAACUCUGCUUACUGAUGGUCGCUACAUUGCACGCGAACCCAAAAGACGUCCUAUGGAAUACCCCAUCUACACAAAGUCCAAGUCAUAUUCUGAGUGGCUGAGAUUAUGGACUACCGAUCUGAUUUGGAAGACUAGAGGUAAACAGGCAUCGGCAAUUUUUAGCGUCUUCAAGCCUGUCGUGCGUAAUCAGGAUGUAGGCGUUGCGCGCUAUAUACUACCGUAUCUAGUUUUAAACGUUCUUAUUACGGGUGAGGAUAGCGACAGGAAUGAAAUGUCCCAAGAGAUUACGGUCAUUUUGAGUGAUCAGAUGAAAGAGAUGAAAGACUCUACUUCACAAGAUAAGCGAUUACUGAGUGCACAGACGAUUUUCGAUCUUAUGGACCACCUCGGCAAAUGGACACGCAAGCAGAGGAUGAAUAUUCAACCUUUCCAAAAACUAGCAGCACGUCAACGUCCCCAGAAAGGUGGUCCUGUCAGUCUCUCAUCCCACCAACAAGCUCAGCUGGACAUGUACACUCACAAUCUUGACCGCGUACAUCCUUUAAUACAGUCAAUUGACGCCGAUUUACUCGCUCAUGCUGCAUUGAGGUGCAGGUCUUACGCUCGCUCUCUGCUCACUUUUGAAAGACGUAUAUUUGAAAUAAGGUCUAAGGGUGAUGAAGAGAAUCUGCAGCUGUAUUACGAGCAUUUACACGAAAUUUACGCUAAUCUCGAUGAGCCUGAUGGGAUGGAGGGUGUGUCUACUCUGAUUAUCGCACCUUCACUCGAGCAUCAGAUCAGAGAGCAUGAAAGUACUGGUAGAUGGACAGCAGCUCAGAGUUGCUGGGAAGUUGAGCUGCAGAAGAAGCCUGAUGAUCUCAAUCUUCAUGCUGGAUUACUUCGCUGUUUGAGGAAUCUUGGUCAUUAUGAUACUCUUGGAACGCAUAUUCGUGGUGUUCUCAGCAGUCAUCCUGAGUGGAGACAGCCGCUUGGCAGUUUCCAAACAGAAGGUGCAUGGAUUGUGGGCGAUUGGAAAACAGUUCGAGAGAAUGUAUCUAGUGGCCUAGCGAAGCAUUCGCCAGAGUACUCGCUUGGACGACUACUCCUCGCAGUCCAUGACAAUGAGCUAUAUCGUUUACCGUCUAUACUCCACGAAGCGCGCCAAUUACUGGGAACACCUAUUAUUGCAGCAGGGCGUGAUGGAUACCGUCGUGCGUACGACUCAGCCGUUCACUUGCAUAUGGUUCAUGAACUCGAAAUGAUUUCGCAGGCAAUAACCCAAAUCACCAAGCUUAGCAGCACACACCAGCCGGAAAGCGCACAAACGUUGGCUGCAAAACUCACCACACUCUUGGAAGAUAGACUUGAAGUGACGAUGCCUACAUUUAAAUCGAGAGAGCCGUUGCUGAGUUUGCGCAGGAGCGCUAUCGCUACAUCUGCCAUCUCACAGGAAUGGGCCAAAAAUGAGAUUGGGGCGCUGUGGUUAAGCUCUGCUAAGACUGCUAGGAAAGCUCAUCAUUUCCAGACAGCUUAUAGUGCUAGUUUACAGGCUGAUCAGAUCGGUACACCAUUCUCCUUCAUUCAGUCGGCUAAACUUAUUAGAGCUAAUGGGGAGCAUGAGAAGGCGUUAAGAGAGCUAGAUGCUGGUUUGGAGUAUCAGGUCCCUAAACUUAUGCUGCAAGGCACUGCAAAUUCCAGCGUCACUUCUGCUGUUAUCGAUUUAACUGAGGAGAACUCGGCUGGUAGUACCCAGACUGAUUUUAAUACUAAGUACAGGCGAUUGAAGGCAAAGGGUCUUCUCCUCAAAGCUCGCUGGCUAUCCGAGGGCGAUAGAAAAGACUUCAACGACGUUGUCACCCACUUUAACAAAGCUAUUGAGGAAUACAAAACUCGGGAACAACCUUACUACGAGCUCGGGCAUUACUACGACACGCACGGAAAGCAGAAUUCGGCAGCUGAUCAGGUAAUAGCCCAGUCUAUAUUGAUGACUGUCAAAUAUUACUCGCGAGCUCUGUGCUACGGUACAAAAUACAUCUAUCAAACCAUGCCUAGGAUGUUGACACUCUGGAUGGACUUUGGUGCUCGCUCUGAUGUAGCUCCAUACGAAGACAGCUUAGCUAAACCAAGCAAGAACGACAAAAAGCUCUACAUUUACCACGCGUAUACUCAAACAAACAAUCAAAUGCUCAAAAAUCUCGAAAGGUUGCCGUCAUAUGCUUGGUACAUAGCAUUUGCACAAAUUGUAUCUCGCAUCGGGCACACUAACAAGUCUGUCUACGCUAUACUUGAGAAAAUUAUGAUCAGGGUUCUCAGAGAUCAUCCACAACAGGCUUUGUGGGCUAUGGUCGGAAUGUAUAACUCAACCAAACCAAAGCGGUCUGAGAGAUGCAAGAAGAUUGUUAUGCAUGUCCAGCAAUACGGAAGUGUUGAGAAUAAGAAGAUAAUACAAGAGGCUCUCACUCUGGUGCACGAAUUACUGUCUUUAUGUGUCAAGCAUGUCAAUCAGGAUGAGUGGACAAUCAGCCUCAAGCGCAGCUUCCCAAGAUUGGUCGGACUCGCUCCUAUGAACUUUAUGUUACCACUGCAGUCUUCCAUGACGGUUUCUUUACCAGCAACUAACAAGCACACUACUUCGCAUCAGCCAUUCCCAGACAGACCUGUCAGAGUAGCAAAGUUUGUGGAUGAAGUGGAGCUAAUGAAGUCGCUUGUCAAACCUCGAAAGUUGACCAUUAUUGGGGACAACGGUCAAGAUUACAGCUUCUUGUGCAAGCCAGAUGAUGAUCUAAGAAAGGAUGCACGACUCAUGGACUUUAAUUCAAUGAUCAACAAGUUCCUCAAAUCCAAUUCAGAAGCUAGAAAACGAUCGCUCUAUAUCAGAACUUACACUGUAGUACCCUUAAAUGAGAGGUGUGGAUUGAUCGAAUGGGUCAAAGACACACGCACAUUUAGAUCAAUUCUCACUGAAAGAUACGAAUACAGAAAUAUAAAAUGGUAUAUGCCAGAUAUUGCAGCGCUUCUGGAACGUGGUAGACAGUCAGGACCAGAACAGACUAUAUACUUUUUUAGGUCUGUUUUAAAACGCUAUCCCAAGGUAUUUCACGAGUGGUUUAUUGAAAUGUUCCCAGAACCUUCUGAGUGGCUCAAAGCUCGCAUGACAUAUAGUAGGACACUAGCAGUAAUGUCCAUAACAGGUUUUGUUUUGGGAUUGGGUGACAGGCACUGUGAAAAUAUUCUCCUCGAUAAGAACAACGGUGCGGUGCAACAUGUUGACUUUAAUUGUCUCUUCGAGAAGGGUUCACAAUUUGAAGUACCGGAAAGAGUGCCAUUUAGGCUAACACAGAACCUUAUUGAUGGGCUAGGUGUGACUGGCACGGAAGGUGUGUUUAGAAAGGCCGCCGAGGUUACGAUGGCCGUACUAAGGGCAAACAGAGAUUCUUUAGGCAGUGUUGUCGAAUCAUUCCUCCACGACCCUUUGGUGGAUUGGGAAGAUGCGAAGAGAAAGCUGGACAACUUUAAAGCAAUGGAGAAGUCAGGCAGAAGACCAAGCUCGAAAAAGACGUCGAAUCUAGAUGAUGAUCCAGACAGUCAGGCGUAUAUCAAGUCACUGGCAAUGAGCGCGCUAGAUCCAAUAGAAAGGAAGCUUCAAGGAUUACAGACGGAGCACAACAAGCCACUUAAGACUGUGAUGUCAACGUCGGCGCAAGUUGAAAAGCUCAUACGGGAGGCAACUUCACCGGUAAAUCUUGGUGCUAUGAAAGUGCUAAGAGAAACGAAGACGGUAGAUAAAUACAAAGAUUCUUGGAUUACAGGCGCAUUCUGGACAGGGAUUGAGAAGGAACGAUUCUUCAAGGCUGUUGCGAGAAGAUCGAGGUUUAGAGCGGAUUUGGUAGCGCUUGACGUGCGCACAAAAUCACAGGCACAGUGUAUGGAAUACAUAAAUGUCCUCGACUAUGAGAGUAUCAGUAAUGAACACACAAUCGAACAGGAAAUGAGUUAUGAAAUUUCAGAACGAUUUGAAGCAGUUGAGGAUGUCUUUCAUAGAUUCCUGAUUCAAUGGCAGAUCUUGAGUUCGAAUGAACGCGCUCGUUGUAUCAACUACUUGGCACCGACGUCUACCACAGACGUUGCAUUCCGCUCAGCGCAGAAGAACAGGCGUUACCGUUUAAAGAAGAAAGGAUUAAGUCUGGAGGAAAUUGAAGAUAACCUCGUGAUUGAUCCACACAACUCGAAAGACUUGUUGAUUGGACAAACACUCAAGAAGAUGAUCAAUCGCGAGUCUAUCGACAAAGACUUUCAAUUAAAAGUCGAGGAAGUUCUUAAGAAGUUUCUUAGACCUCUUUUAGCGUUUGUUAUCGCCGGUGUGGAGGCAAGAAUUGCAUUCAUGGGAACAAAACACGCAACGAAGAAGAAAAUGAUGGAGGUAGUCACUGGGGACGUUGAUAUCGCAUUGGCCGUGGUCCGUGGUACAGGACCAAAAGAGGCUCUUGACUACGAGAAGCGUGAUCGUUGGCUCAGCGUUGAAAGUCAAGCACCGCCAACGGGGAAUCUGAAGAAAUGGAUACCUCUUUCGAAAAUGCAUUUCAAGCAUCACGAGACACAGGCAAAAAUGUUGGAUCAGUAUCCAUUCUCUACGUUUCAGUCAGACGCACUACUACCAAUGAAUCUACCAUUGAUAAAAAAACCGCAUUCAUAUCACAAAGUAUACGAAGAUCUGCUUUUAGAGUUGGAUGACGAUGCAGACUUGGAAGAUGAGUUUGAGGAGUAUGAUAGGGAGUAUGAGGAGGCGCUAUUAAAGAAAGUGCUGGAAGGUACAAAUACAGAUAGGAAGCGCACGAAGCGUGAAAGUACCUCUCCGAUCGCGGAUGUGAAAAGGCCGAGAUUGGAUCUCGCUGCUUUUGAGGACGAGAGCGAGGAUGGAUAUGAUGAUGCUAUGGUUUUGGCUGAUUUGAAAGGUGAGCCAAGGGAGGGCGAGGAGGAAAAUGAGCAAGAUGAGGAGGAAGAGGAAGACACGAGUACAAUAGUGAGACACCAAGAAGAGAAUCAAGACGGCGAAGGGAAUGUGAAGAAGGAACACGAUUACGAUCUUGAAAUGUACGAUGACGACGAAAUAGUCGAUUCAGAUUUAGAUUCCGUGGAAGGUAUUGACUUGCAUCCAAUGGAAGGAGUAGCGCAGAGCGGUGAAGAAGGUGAGAACGGAAAUGAGAACGACAAUGAGAAUGAGGAUGGUGAUGUACAAAUCACAGCCAAUAAGCAUCGUUUAACAAGUGGAUAUGCUAUAAACUGGAUUGAUUAUGGAGUCUAG